UGUACUGAGCACCUUAUAGCUUCCCAGCUGAUCUUACAUAAUCACUUUAAUAGAUUAAUAUUAGUUUAUUAUUACUCUGCAGCCAUGAACGAGUCAGCAUUGGAGCGCUACUUUGAUCAUUUCAUCGAAAAUCACUCCUCCAGGAAGGAGGAGAAGGAGGUGAACGAGGAGUUCUUCCAUCUCCUGCCGGACGAGAUCCUGGCGCUAAACAAAGACGACACCGGUAACGCAGAGAAUGAGAGCAGGACUGUGUUACCGGGCAGCAGCAGUGUGGACUACAACUCCCAGAAUCCCACAGCAGGUGCAUCGUCCACGUCAGCGCAGGAGGACCGUCCUACGACUCUUGUGACGUCUGUGACACAGCAACAACAAUUCCUCCCACAGAUACAGAAUAUCAUCUGUACGGUGAAUCUGGGCUGCCAGCUGGACCUGGACCUUAUCGCUCGCAAAGCGUGGAACGUUGAGUACAAUCCAAAGGUUUAUAAGGCGCUCACCAUGAGGCUCCGCAAGCCGCGGACCACAGCAAUGAUCUACAAAUCUGGGAAUCUGGUCUGUCUGGGAGCCAAGAGCGUGGCGCAGGCCCGGCUGGCGGCGCGGCGGUUCUCCCGCAUCGUGCAGAAGCUGGGCUUCCCGGUCCGGUUCCUGAACUUUAAGAUCCAGAACAUGAUGGCCAGCUGCGACACCUUCACAGUCAGCCUGGAGCAACUGGCCCUGCAGGAGCACUGCAGUUAUGAAGCAGAACUGUUUCCCGGCCUCUUCUACACCGGCAUUCCCAACGUCUCUAUUGUUAUCUUUGCAACCGGCAAGCUGUCUUUGGUCGGAGCGACAACGGAAGCUCAGAUGUACGAAGCUCUUGGUAUCAUCCGUCCAAUCCUGAGCCGCGUCAGGAGGCAGUAACCUAACGAGAGACAGACUCCUG